CUCCCAACAACCGGAAAGUUACCAGCCGGGCGUUCUGGUUCCCUUAGAGACGGAAUCCGACUUGGCCCGCGGGGGAGAAACCGCCGAGGCCGCCCGGCCCUUGGAGAAGCCAAGAUGCCGUUGAAGAGCAAGGACAAAGGGAAAGGCAAGAGCAAAGACAAAGACAAGAAGAAGAAGAUAAUAAAAGUUGAUGAAAUUACAGUGGAAAGAGCCAAGGCCAAUGCCUCCCUUUGGGAGUCCAGGCUGGAACUCACAGAACUCUCUAGGAUGGAGUAUCGUGAUACUUCCCUGAGACUGGCAAAAACAAAUGCGGAAUUAAAGAAACAGCAGUAUAAAAUGGAGAAAGACACAAUGUCUGUAUUAAGCUACCUGAAGAAGCAGGAUCAGGAGAAAGAUAAUAUGAUUGAAAACCUGAAACAACAAUUGAAUGAAACAAAGGAAAAAGCCCAAGAGGAGAAGGAAAAAUUGGAACAAAAGUAUACUGUGCAAAUAAAUGAGCUGGAGGGAAAGUUUCAUCAGAAAGCCAAGGAAAUUGGCAUGAUUCAUGUAGAGCUUAAAACAAUAAAACAGUUCCAGAAGAGAAAAGUCCAAGUGGAGAAAGAAUUAGAGGAUCUGAAGGAGAGUUUAAGACACACGGAGCAGAAACAUCAGGACACUCUUAGAAGCCUGGAAAGCAGGUUUUUUAAAGAAAAGCACCGACUAGAACAGGAAGCUGAAAAGAAGAUAAUAAUGCUGGCAGAGAGAGCCCAUCAUGAAGCUGUCGUGCAAUUAAACCAUGCUGGAAGAGCUGUUUUUAAAGAGAAUGUUUAUCUCCAGAAAGCUCUUGACUACCACCUGAAGGAAGCUGAUGCUCUACAAAAAAAAUCUGAGAAGUUGCUCCAGUCUCAGACUUCCCUUUUACAUCAAAAGGAGAUCAACGAUCUGUUGGUUAAGGAAAAGGUUAUACAACUUACCCAGCAGAGAACACAAAUCCAGACCCUUCAGAAGAGGGUGAUAAGCUUAGAGACUGCCCUGACUUGUAUGACCAGAGAGUUUGAGACUGAAGUUCUAAAACUGCAGCAACAGGCAAUGGUAAAUAACCAAAAUGAUCAGAUUGAAGUUUAUAAGCUGCAGAACCUUCUUCAGAUGAAGGACAGGGAAAUGAAUAGAGUGAAGAAGCUGGCCAAGAACAUACUGGAUGAGAGAACAGAAGUGGAAAGAUUCUUUUUGGAUGCUCUACAUGAAGUGAAGCAACAGAUUGCAUUUAGCAGGAAGCAUUAUAAGCAGGUAGCACAAGCUGCUUUCAAUCUUAAAAUGCGAGAGGCAUGUGCCGGAAGAACAGAAUAUCCCAAAAUUCGAACAUUUGAUGGCAGAGAGCACAGCACCAAUAGUGUGAAUCAGGAUCUUAUGGAGGCCAAUAAAUGGACAGAUAUUCAAGGAAAUGUGGAUAUUGGAGAUUUAACUUGGGAGCAGAAGGAGAAAGUCUUACGAUUGCUGUUUGCAAAAAUGAAUGGUUUUGUUCCUAGGAAAUACAGUCAGAGUUCUAGGCCUUCAGUUCCACAAUAUUUUGUUCCAGACAGUGAAGAAACAGAGGAAUGUGGGGAUGAAAGUAAGCUUCAAGAUCAAACCUUCAUCACCCAGCAAGUACCAAUCUCAGACUCUUCUGGUGAACUGGUGAUAUCCAAUAUGCAGAAAGGAUCACAUGAGUCUGACGUGGGGACCCACUGACAAGCACUGCUGAACAAUAUAUGACCCCACAGAGGCUGCUGGCAGGCCUUUCCUUGCAGAAUCCUUGUUCCUGAAUAUGUUGAAGUUUCUUAGAGGAAAAGACAUUUUAAAAAACUUAGUUACCUGUUUGCCAUAGAAAUUGGUGUCUCCCCUGAAGGAAGAGCGAGAGCCAGUGAAUGAGAACAUUGGUAAAGGCACUGGAAUGGGGACAUUCACACCCACCUAAGACAGAACAAAUCCACGUCAGAUAUUAACAAAAGAACUCAAACGAAGGAAUUCUCCACUUAGAAGCAUAAAUGCUUGGCAUUAGAGAGACCAAUUUUAUAUACCCACCUUCCACCCUAUAUCCAUCUCAUUUUAUUCCUGAGGGAGAAAUGGGGCAUUGUGGGAGAUCAGAGGGGCAGCCACUGAUCACUGUUUACCAUCUCCCCAGGAAACAGUAAAUGGCUAUGAGACUCUCCUAAAAAUUCUGUUCACAAACCUGUCCAACAUCCACCAAGUGGGAAUAUUUCCGAGCAGUGGCUCCAUUGGUG